GACCGCUUCCUGUGCUUAGGGGACCACCGUUGGUGUGGAAGGUCUGGGUUCUCUUGAGUUCGAGAGUUUGGAGGCGCCACUUUUUGACCCUUCGCCAUGGGAGUGACAUGUGUGUCCCAGAUGCCUGUGGCUGAGGGCAAGAGUGUCCAGCAGACAGUGGAGCUCCUCACCAAGAAACUGGAGGUGCUCGGAGCAGAGAAACAAGGGACAUUUUGUGUGGACUGUGAGACUUACCACACAGCUGCCUCCACCCUGGGCAGCCAAGGCCAGGCUGGGAAGCUGAUGUACGUGAUGCAUAACUCUGAGUACCCACUGAGCUGCUUUGCCCUCUUUGAGAAUGGCCCUUGCCUCAUUGCUGACACCAACUUCGAUGUGCUCAUGGUGAAGCUCAAGGGCUUCUUCCAGAGUGCCAAGGCCAGCAAGAUUGAGACCCGGGGCACUCGCUACCAGUAUUGUGACUUCCUGGUGAAGGUGGGCACGGUCACAAUGGGGCCUAGUGCCCGUGGCAUCUCUGUGGAGGUGGAGUAUGGCCCUUGUGUGGUGGCUAGUGACUGCUGGAGCCUCCUGCUUGAGUUCCUACAGAGUUUUCUAGGUAGCCACACGCCAGGGGCACCCACAGUAUUUGGGAACAGACACGAUGCAGUCUAUGGUCCAGCAGAUACCAUGAUACAGUACAUGGAACUCUUCAACAAGAUCCGAAAACAGCAGCAAGUGCCCGUGGCUGGGAUCCGUUAGUGACUGGCAGCUGCCCACCUGCUGAGCUGUUACCAGGGUACUGCCCAGGCCCACGUGCUGGACUCGGUCCUGGGCCCCUAGCCCAGCUGGUUGCCAGCUGUAGCUUGUGUUCCGGGGCUUUGGCCGUCCCUCCUGACCCCAUCACAGCUGUUUUUUACUUCAUGCUUUAACUGGAUUUGGCUGGUCCUCAAGAAUGGUAACUGUGAAGAAUGGAAAAGCUGUAGGGCAAGAGGUAGGACAGGGUUGUCCCUGUGGGCACUGGAGCUGUGUCUCCGGGUGCGGAGGAUGUGGUAUAGGCUGGAUGUCUGUGCGUGUGGAGCUCCCCUUUGCUUGAGGAUGUGGCUGGCCUCUCCUGGAGAUGGUUGGGUGGCAGGACUGGAUUGUUGGCUGCUAGAGUGUCCCUUUCAUUCUUUGGACACUGAUAUCUUCCCAUACUGUUUUAAAUUAUGUGAACUUGUAGGCCAUGUUGCUAUAGCAGAACCAAAAGCAGAGGGCUCUUACUGCACAGUUUAUUUUUCAUUAAUAGUUCACAGGCAUUCACUUCCCCAGAGCAGAAUGAACUCCACAGGGUUACCAGGAACUUGGCUUCUUAUGUCUUACUGUUCCUAAUAUCAUACUGUCCCAAAAUGCUUUCCUUCCCACAGGAUCAGAGUGCUCAGUAGCUCUGCGCCCACAGUCCGCUGAGGAGACUGAGAGGGCUGGUUUUCAGAGUUGCUCAAGUCACUGUGGACACAUGUUCCUGACACUCACCACUCAGGUUUUUCAGGGUGCCUCCUAGAUUGACUUGUUCUCUUGCUUGAGCCCUGAACUCAUUGACACUAUUGCUCACCUGCCUCACACCUACUACAGAGACAUUUAACAGAGACAGGCUCAGGAAAGCUGUUCAUCUACAAAGUGUCAGGCUGUCAGUAAGGAGCCCAUCCUCAGAGCACAGCUAGGCAGACAGACUUGCCAGCGCACUUGGGCCGCUGCUCUGAGGGACUGGUCAUUCUUGUCCCCUAGCUUUGGCUGGCAGGACAGCUCAUCAUGCCUUCCUGGCUGUGCCUCUGUUAUCCAGUUGUUCCCUGUUACUUCCUCUUGGUUUUGUUGUUACUCUUACUGUUCUGUAAAAACUGAGGUGUUUUAGAUACCACAAUAAAAAUUUACCAACAUUACAGUUUUGGCUUUCUGUUCUGUAUUUGGUCUUGUUGCAGUCUACUUCGUGCUUUGUACUGAAAACACAGAUGUUAAUUGAAGUGGUAAAUAUGGAGUCUAAGUUCCUACAUAAGGGCUCAGUUUCUAAAAGAUAGAGAGAAGCAUAAACAGUCUAGCAUCUUG